GGUGUAAUCAUUAAAAAUGAAUGUCUUAACAUUUUUUGCACUCUGAGGUAACUUGGGUCAAGCAGAGCUGAUCGGCAGAGAGGCUCUGAGGCUCCUCCCCAACGACCACACCAUCAUGUUUUCAUUGGCUAAUGUCCUGGGAAAAUUACAGAAAUAUAAGGAGUCAGAGGGCUUCUUCCUUCAUGCACUCCGUAUCAACCCAAAUGCUGCUAGUUGCCAUGGCAAUCUAGCCGUGCUGUAUCAUCGCUGGGGAAAGCUGGAGCUGGCAAAAAAACACUACGAGCUGUCUCUAAAGUUGGACCCUGAGGCUCCUGGGACCAGAGACAACUAUAACAUGCUGCGACGCAAACUGGACCAGCUUAAACGCCCCACGCCCUGAGGGAGUCUACUGGAACCCCUUUUUUAUCUCACUAAUUCUGGCUUUAUACCAUUUGGAAAUAAAGACCAUGAUCUGUGUAUCAGG